AGAGUGAGAAAAUAAAUAAAUGGAGACAGAGGAUGGAUUGGUCUCUAGGAGAGAGAGAGAGAGAGGCUUGAAAAUGCCGGCAUAGUCUACCAACAGUCACCCUAAUUCCACAAGCUUCAUAAGAUCACCAUCAAUCAAGUACUCAAGAAAAAGUCUUUGUUUUGCUCUUUGAGUCUCUCUCUCUCCCCCUUUUCUCUGUAUCUUCAUGGCUCUAUCUAUUUCUUGAACAGUUGAAAUUAAUCAAUUGGUUCUCUCACCCAAUUUCUAAACUUUUCUUCUUAGACACCUUGAAACUUCUUCUGGGUCCUUUCGAAUUCUUCAAAAGAAGGCUCUUUGGUUGGCCCAAUCGGGGCUUCAUAUAGCAAUGGGUAUAUACCUCAGCACUCCCAAAACCGAAAAAUUCUCUGAAGACGGUGAAAAUGAUGGGCUUAGAUAUGGUUUAUCAUCCAUGCAAGGUUGGCGUGCAACCAUGGAAGAUGCUCAUGCUGCGUAUCCCGAUCUCGAUCCGUCCACUUCAUUCUUUGGUGUUUAUGAUGGCCAUGGAGGCAAGGUGGUUGCAAAGUUCUGUGCUAAGUAUCUUCACCAACAGAUGCUCAAGAAUGAAGCAUAUGCAGGCGGAGAUAUAGGAACUUCCAUCCAGAGAGCUUUUUUCAGAAUGGAUGAAAUGAUGCGUGGACAAAGGGGUUGGAGAGAAUUAGCUGUUUUGGGUGAUAAAAUAAACAAGUUCACUGGCAUGAUCGAAGGGUUGAUUUGGUCUCCAAGGGGCAGUGAUAGUAAUGAACAGGCUGAUGAAUGGGCUUUUGAGGAGGGGCCUCAUUCUGAUUUUGCUGGACCAACUUCUGGGAGCACGGCCUGUGUUGCGAUUAUUAGAAACAACCAACUUGUUGUUGCAAAUGCUGGUGAUUCUCGUUGUGUGAUAUCUCGGAAGGGUCAGGCUUACAAUUUGUCCAGGGAUCACAAACCUGAUCUUGAGGUUGAGAAGGAAAGGAUUUUAAAGGCUGGUGGUUUUAUACAUGCAGGACGAGUCAAUGGCAGUUUAAAUCUUGCUCGAGCUAUAGGUGACAUGGAAUUCAAACAGAAUAAAUUUUUGUCUGCUGAAAAGCAAAUUGUAACUGCCAAUCCAGAUAUUAAUGCUGUUGAGCUUUGUGAUGAUGAUGAGUUUGUCGUGUUAGCAUGUGAUGGCAUCUGGGAUUGCAUGUCAAGCCAGCAACUGGUAGAUUUUAUUCAUGAACAACUAAGCUCGGAAAGCAAACUUUCUACGGUGUGCGAGAGAGUACUUGAUAGGUGUUUGGCACCAUCAACAGCUGGUGGUGAGGGAUGUGACAACAUGACCAUGAUCUUGGUGCAGUUCAAGAAACACACUCUGUCCAAUGCGUCCGUUGAUGAUCAAUCCUCACCGUCCAAAUCAGCUGAUCCGGAACCAAAACAGGAGGAAAGUAUACCAAAAUAGUUGCUGCAGUUCAUCCACAAAUCAGAUCCUAAUACAGCAUAACUCUCAUUGGAAGGACAUAUGAGGAUCCCUCUUCUAUGGGUUCUUGGAUCUGUAACUGUAGAUGGGAUUGUAAGAUGAGAUCAAAUAUUGAAAAAAAAAUCAUUAUUGGUGCUGUGAGUGUUCAUGUUUGAGAACUCGAGGAUAUCACAACUUUAAUAACAUCAUGUACAGUUUACUACCUACCA